ACACAGUGAACACAGAUCACCAAAGGCUACAAAUCUAACCGCAUCCGCAUCCUCAGAAAACCAAAGACAAAAAUUAGAUCGGUGACCAAAUGCAGGCUACGAAAAUAAAUCAUUAAGAUCAAAAACAGACAAAUUACGUGCGUGUUUCUUCAUUUAUUUUUUUUUGUUGAUUUUUUUUGCUUCGUUUGUUUUGCUUAAUUUUUUGACCGACUUCUGGGACAAGAACAACAUCAAGAGCUACAACAACAUGGAUACAGAGCAACAGCAGCGCAGCGAACAAAAGGCGAUCGAAGCAGGUGGCGAAAUGGGCAGGACACUGGAAAUAACCGGAAGACAGAGCGAGAAGAACGUGGAGAAGAGUCUGGACAAGAAUCCGGAGCGCUUCACGGAGAAGGGUGCGGAGAAGCUGGCCGAGAAGGGGGACGAUCUCGAGAACGGCGAUCCGGUGCGCCGGCGUGGCCACGAAACCAGCGAACUGGAGGCGGCCACGCAUCUCUUCAAGGGAAGCGUGGGCGCCGGACUCUUCGCCAUGGGCGAUUGCUUCAAGAACGGCGGAUUGGCGGGCGCCACCAUCCUGCUGCCCAUCAUUGCGGUGAUGUGCGUCCACUGCGAGCGCAUGCUGAUCCGCGGCUCCGUGCUGGCCGUGGAACGGACGCCCGGCGUGGACUUCCUCGACUAUCCGGAAACGGUGGAGAAGUGCUUCGAGCACGGGCCACGCCCACUGCGGAAAAUGUCGCGCGUGAUGAAGCUGGUCGUCGAAAUGUUCCUCUGCGUCACGCAGUUCGGCUUCUGCGCCAUCUACUUCGUCUUCAUCACGGAAAACCUGCACCAGGUCCUCCAGCAGAACGGCAUCGACAUCAGCAUGAGCAUGGUGAUGCUGAUCACCCUGCUGCCGGCGAUGAUUCCCUCGCUGAUGACCAACCUGAAGUACAUCUCACCCGUGUCGCUGUUCGCCAACGUGGCCCUGCUCUUCGGCCUGAUUGCCACCUUGACCAUUGCCUUCUCGGAUGGACCCAUGCCGCCCGUUGGGGACAGGCACCUCUUCACGGGCGGAGCCCAGUUGUCCCUGUUCUUUGGCACCGCCCUGUUCUCGUACGAGGGCAUCGCCCUGAUCCUGCCGCUCCGGAACUCGAUGCGCCGCCCGGAGAACUUCAGCUCCCGCUUCGGAGUCCUCAACUCGACGAUGUUCUUCACCACGGCCCUGUUCAUCUUCACCGGAUUCGUGAGCUAUGUGCGCUGGGGCGAGGAAGUCGCCGGCAGCAUAACACUGAAUCUGGUGGUGGAGGAAGUAUUCUCGCAGGUGGUGAAAGUGAUCGCUGCACUGGGUGUUUUCCUAGGCUACCCCAUCCAGUUCUUCGUGAUGAUGAAGAUCCUGUGGCCCCCACUAAAAAGGUCCAACAAGUGCGCUCAAAAGUAUCCCAUUACUAUGCAGGUGUGCCUUCGGUUCUUCAUGGUGAUGAUGACAUUUGGCGUUGCGCUGGUCGUUCCCAAGCUAAAUCUGUUCAUCUCGCUGAUCGGAGCACUGUGCUCCACCUGCCUGGCCUUCGUGAUUCCGGUGCUGAUCGACUUCGUGACGCGGGCGCAGGUUCCCAAGGCGCUGGGGGUGUGGUCCUACAUCAAGAACAUACUCAUCCUGACGGUGGCCGUGCUGGGAAUCGUCACUGGCACCUACCAGAGCAUCGUGGAGAUCGUCAAGGAGUUUAAGUAGGCCUAAAUCGCUAGCAGGUACUUGUUGUACAUAAAUAAUGCUGUCAUUCCGUGAAACUAUGUGAAUGCUUUGCCCUGCUCUACUGUAAGAUUAAUUUGUGUAUUUUUCCACUACUUUUUUUGUUUUUUUUUUUUUUGUUUUUGUUUUGUUGCUAGUUGUAAGCUGUGCAUUUGUGCGUAUGUAUAAAGAAAUGUUUGGCACCAAAAACGAAACGAGGCAUAAAGAAAAAUGAUCUGCAGCUAUAACCCAUUUUAAUGAUUGAUUACCAAUGAGGCUUCGAUUGUGUGAGAGCCUGCAAAUGAUCGCUAACACCAUAUGUAAUAAAUGCUAUUCAUCGAUUUUAUAAAUAUAGUGAGAUUUUCAUAAAGUAUUAAUUAGCAUGCAGCAAACAAUGUUUAACAUUAAGUUCGCUUACAAUGUGAAUAUGCGCUUUUGAGAGCGUUUAAAUCAAUAAACAUAACAUAAUUUCCACAAGGAAUUAUACGAUUUAAUACUUUCAAAACAGGUUACUUGAAAACUUCUUGCUAGUAAUUGCUAACAAAAUCGGCAGUAUAUUAGGAAGUCUACAACUUAUAGUCAAUAAUCAAUUUAUACAGUCAAUAAUAAAUUUAUACACUUGUGUAU